CGCACUUCCGGUUUCCGGUCGGCUCCCGCCCCGCUCCGCCAUCAUGAAGUCCUGAACAAAAAGCGAAUGAGGCAGGAAAAGAAAAACAGGGACGGACCUGUCGAUGACAGAAAGAGGCGAAUUAAGUGUAUGACGCCGACGUCGUCAAAAAAUGAUAAAAACACGCGCGGCAGAGGCGGAAUAUCGGACUGUGGUGUAAAGUGCUCGUCCGUUGUGUUUGGCAAUCAGCUGAUCGAGUCCGUUAACGGUUCUAACAACAGUAUCGCCCAUUCAGUUAUGUUAUGAACGGACUGAUUACCGGCCGCUGAUCGUGAUCGUUACGUUAGAAGUAGAUGGAUCGCUAUUCAAAUCGAUCGCUUUUUGUGAAGUGAGAAAGGAGAAGAAGAGGCCAGAUUUUCCCCAGCAGGCCGGGAGCUAGCUGACUCUAGCUAGCUACAGUGGAUCCCAUAAACCACGGCGUUGGCCAUGCCAUCGAGUGUGCGGGCUGGGAGUCUCAAGGACCCGGAGGUGGCGGAACUUUUUUACAAGGAGGAUCCUGAGAAACUCUUCACAGACCUGCGUGAGAUCGGCCAUGGCAGCUUCGGAGCCGUCUACUUUGCCCAUGACAUCCGCACCAAUGAGGUGGUGGCCAUCAAGAAGAUGUCCUACAGUGGCAAGCAAUCCAAUGAGAAAUGGCAGGAUAUCGUCAAAGAGGUGAAGUUCCUUCAAAAGCUGCGGCACCCCAACACGGUGGAGUACAGAGGCUGCUACCUGCGCGAACACACAGCAUGGCUGGUGAUGGAGUACUGUUUGGGCUCUGCCUCGGAUCUGCUGGAAGUGCACAAGAAACCACUACAGGAAGUGGAGAUAGCAGCAAUUACUCACGGUGCACUGCAGGGCUUGGUAUACCUCCACUCGCACAACAUGAUUCACAGGGAUGUGAAAGCAGGUAACAUCUUACUGACUGAGCCUGGCCAAGUCAAACUGGGAGACUUUGGCUCUGCCUCCAUUGUUGCUCCUGCCAACUCCUUUGUGGGCACACCUUACUGGAUGGCUCCAGAGGUAAUCCUCGCUAUGGAUGAAGGGCAAUAUGAUGGCAAGGUUGACGUGUGGUCACUCGGCAUUACCUGCAUAGAGCUUGCAGAGAGAAAGCCUCCCUUGUUUAACAUGAAUGCUAUGAGUGCCUUAUACCACAUCGCCCAGAACGAGAGCCCAGUCCUGCAGUCCAAUCACUGGUCAGAUUAUUUCCGUAACUUCGUAGACUCGUGUCUGCAGAAGAUUGCCCAGGACAGACCUACCUCUGAUGUGCUGCUUAAACAUCACUUCCUGUGCCGUGAGCGUCCAGUGACAGCAGUGAUGGAUCUGAUAGCACGCACUAAAGACGCUGUGAGGGAGUUAGAUAACUUGCAAUACCGAAAGAUGAAGAAGAUCCUCUUCCAUGAAACACAUAACGGGCCUGCCACCGAGGGGACGGAGGAGGAAGAGGAUGUAGAGCAGUAUAUGUUGCGGACAGGCACGGUGAACAGCAUGGAGAGCUCCCAUUCGCUGCCGUCUAUGUCGAUAAGUGCCAGCUCCCAGAGUUCUUCAGUGAACAGCCUUGCAGAUGGUUCGGAUGACAGUGGAGAGAUGGCUAUGAUGCAGGAGGGCGAACAUACAGUGACCUCCAACAGCUCGGUGCUGCACAAACCUCUGAUCCAUGAUAACAUCUAUGACGACCCGUACCAGCCGGAGGUGGAGUCCCAGCCCCAGGGCCCCUCUGGUGGUCGCAGACGUCGAGGACGGGACCACUUCGCCACAAUCCGCACCGCCUCGUUGGUGACCCGUCAGAUCCAGGAGCACGAGCAGGGCUCCGCGCUGAGAGAGCAGAUGUCCGGAUACAAACGCAUGAGGCGGCAGCAUCAGAAACAGCUGAUGGCUCUGGAGAACAAGCUGAAGGCCGAGAUGGACGAACAUCAGCUCAGGCUUGACAAAGAACUGGAGACGCAGAGAAACAACUUCGGCAGUGAAGCAGACAAGCUUGGCAAGAAGCACCAGGUCUUCCUGGAGAAAGAGGAGCAACCUACCAUCUCUGCCUUGAACACCUUCUGGGUGGUGGCAAAAACAGAUGUGACCAUACAAAGAGAGAUAACUAAGGGCGCUCUCACAGAAGAGAAGAAGUUUCAGCAGCAUAUCUUGGGCCAGCAGAAGAAGGAGUUGACCAGCUUGCUCGAGUCUCAGAAACGCCAGUACCGGCAGCGAAAAGAGCAACUUAAAGAGGAGCUCAAUGAGAACCAGUCCACGCCGAAGCGCGAGAAGCAGGAGUGGCUGGUUCAGCAGAAGGAGUGUCUCCAGCAGAUCCAGGCAGAGGAAGAGGCAGGGUUACUGCGCAGACAGAGGCAAUAUUACGAGUUGCAGUGUCGCCAAUACAAGAGGAAGAUGCUGCUAUCUCGCCACAACAUGGAGCAAGACCUGCUCAGAGAGGACCUGAACAAGAAACAGACUUUGAAAGAUCUAGAGUGCGCCAUGUUGCUUCGCCAUCACGAGUCGACUCAGGAGCUGGAGUUUCGGCAGCUGGGUCUGGUGCAGCGCACACGGGCCGACCUGAUCCGGACGCAGCACCAGACCGAGCUCACCAACCAGAUGGAGUACAAUAAACGACGCGAACAAGAGCUUCGGCAAAAGCACGCCGUCGAAGUCCGGCAGCAACCCAAGAGUCUGAGAUCCAAAGAGUUGCAGAUUAAGCGUCAGUUCCAGGACACGUGUAAGAUCCAAACACGUCAGUUUAAAGCUCUGAGGAACCACUUGCUGGAGAACACGCCGAAGUCGGACCACAAGGCCGUGCUGAAGCGUCUCAAAGAUGAGCAGACGCGUAAGCUGGCUAUUCUGGCCGAGCAAUACGACCACUCAAUCAACGACAUGCUGUCCACACAGGCUCUGCGAUUGGAUGAGACCCAGGAAGCCGAGUAUCAGGUGCUGAGGAUGCAGCUGCAGCAGGAGUUGGAGCUGCUCAAUGCGUACCAGAGUAAAAUCAAGAUGCACACUGACACCCAGCACGAGAGGGAGGUUAAAGACCUGGAGCAGAGAGUGUCCAUCCGCAGAGCCCUGCUGGAACAAAGGAUCGAGGAGGAGAUGCUGGCCCUGCAGAACGAGCGUUCGGAGCGCAUCCGUUCCCUCCUGGAACGCCAGGCGUCCGAAAUCGAGGCCUUCGACUCUGAGAGCCUCCGCUUGGGAUUCAGUAGCCUGGCGUUGACGGGCAUCCCCUCCGAGGCUCAUCCCAAACAGGGCUACCCGUCUAGCCAGACCCCCCGCCCAUCCGGCCACUGGAGUCACGGCGGGGCGCCGCAUCCCCACUCCCGCAGGGGCCCGAGCCGGGCCGAAUCCUCUUCCUCAUCGUCCGCCUCCCACGCCUUGGGAUUACCGCGAGACGGGCCCAUGCACCACUCGUCCCGGUCCUCGUCAUCAUCUUCGUCCUCCUCCUCGUCCUCCCAUCACAACCGGCACCACCUUCCCCAGCACUACCAUCACCAGAGCACGCCACAGCUGUACAGGGAGAGAGAGAGGGAUAGAGAGAGGGAGCGGGAGAAAGAGAAGGAGUGGGGCGGAGGGAGCAGGGGGGACCUCGCACACCCCCACGUCUUCUCCCACCACCUUCCCUCCCGCUCCUCCUCCCAGUCCCUCGCUCUCCUCCCUCCUCCUCCUCCCGCUCCACCUUCCAUCACACUGUCGUCCUCGUCCGCCCAGUCGUCCUCGGUUUCUCAAGGAGUCUACGGAGGAGGAGGUGGUGGAGGGCUGGUUGUUCGGGGUCCCAACCUGAUGGCGUUGAGGAACAGCCCGCAGCCCCUGCGCAGAACCGCAUCUGGCGGCGGCCCAGGAGGGUCUGGUGGUGGAGAGGGAGUCCUCAGCCGUAGUACCUCGGUCACCUCGCACAUCUCCAACGGUUCCCACCUCUCCUACUCUUAAGAGAACGGAGUAAGGAGGUCGGGCUUGCUUUGUUUAGUUCCUUCAAGCCAUUACAAUAUGAGUGAGAGCACAUUUUACUUGUCCUAUUGCUUUUGUUUUCCCAGCUCGUUGUUGUUUUGGGGGGUUUUUUGUAAAAAAAAAAAGAAGGGGAAACUGGCUUGGAAAAUCACCACUGCCUUCUAGACAUCUUAAAGGGAUGUUGCGCGACUUCUUUAGUGUGAUGGGGAGAAUUUGUACAUGCACACACACUACAGUAUGAACACCGAAUGUUUAUAAAGUUCUAUGUCAGUCAGACUUUAUGAAUACAUUUACAUCUAUGGGAGUUGCUCCAAUGCAUGAGAUUAAUGUAGUAAAUACAUUUGUAUUCAUAUGUUAUCCAGUCACAUUUGAGAUGUAAAGGUGCGGUCACGUUAGCGAAGUUUCGGGGGAAAUUUCACGGGUAAAAAAAGGGUUGAUGUCUUUUAUCGAUAGCGUUACGAUGUAUGAAGCACUGCUCACACAGAAGUCCCUUUCAAACUAAGCAGCUUUCUGUUGGUCAGCACUACGUGUGGAACUUUGUCGCCUUACUCUUUUUUUGCUUUAUGCGAAACUCCUCCUUAAUGCGCAGAUUCCUAUUAGAACGACUGGAUUUUCGCCUGUGAGAUUUCGUCUUGCAACGGUAAAUGUGACCGCACCUACCUUUGCAAAAUUGGCUGCAUCCAAAAUUGCAUACUUCCUUAACAUAUUAGGUGAAAAACAGAACGUGGCCUUAGUAGUAUGUCCGAAUUCACAGUAUUCAUAAAACUGCACACGGCGAGAUUGUGGACGCUUUACUAUCCCAUGAGGCCACGGGAGAGGAUUUGGGAAUGGCAGUGAACGGACGCAAGUGAUGCUGGUAGGUCACAUGACAAAUUUAGUAGUUCCGGGUUACAUUCAUAAAUGUUUUAAUGGUUGUGAAGUUACUUAUUCAAAAGGACAAGGGGUGAAUGCAAUUUUGGAUGCAGAGUAAUUCUCCCACCAAUUGGAUAUUUUAAUGUAUGUGUGUAUAUAUAAAUAUAUAUAUAUAUAUAUAAAUAUAGUAUCUAAAAUGUUGAAGCAUUGUGUCCACAGUUUUCUAUAGUAAUUAUGACUAUUGCCAUUUUUAUAAAAUAACAUAUGAACAGAAUAGACCUAACAUUUAAUUGUAGAAAUUGGAUCUGGAGUGGAUGGCGUAACUCAUAAUAUCAUGUUUGAUGUCAUCAUGACAACAUUUUAAAAAUUUCUCAAAGCCUCUGGUUGUACUUUUUAAAAGCAAGAAAAUGUGCUUAAUCUGGUCUAGUGUGUUAACAAUGGUUUAUAGUCAUUUUGAGUGUAUGCUUUCGCUGAGUGGGAUGCGGUCUGGUAAAAUGGCCGCUUUUGUACACAAACACACCAAAAAAAAAAAAAAAAAAAAAAAAUGAUUUAAAGGAAAAUCUGGCUUAUUCACUUGGGUAAGCAUCCUUUAAUUCAUAUCCUAGACAAUAAAAACAGACUUGAUUCAAUUACAACGAGUUACAAUCACUAAUCUUUUGGAAAGAGCUGAAUCAUUGUGUAUUAUUUUGAAUGUUGAGAGGUUGGGUGCAUUUAUUGAAACUCUCCAGAGACAGGCAGGUGCAGUAAGUCGUCAUAGGAUGGAAGACGCUUUAUUAAAAUGAAGAUGUGAAGAACUUUUGGGAGAAUGUCGCGGCUGCUAUAGCUGUGUUUCUGUCUAGAUUUAAGCUGAGUGUGUGUGUGUGCUUGUGUGAGUAUAAAAAAUGUGUUGCAGUGUUCUCUGUUCUUGGGACGUGUGGGAUACUGCAAAGUGUGUUUGACAAUGAAGAGAGCAUUUGAGCAUUCAACAGAUACUCAGCUGUGCAUCGCCAAGGCUGUGUUUUCACUGAUGCAUUCAGAGAUAUCCAAGAACACCACAAGUGGAACUUGAUGAACUCCAAAAUCAAACGAGAAACACCAGCUCUGAUAUCUCUGUAUAACCUACUACUUUAUGCUUGGUUUAAAGUAAAACAGUGCAUGCAGAACUUCUAAUGUAUUGAGGAUGUCAGAUAUAGUGUUUGGAGGGCCAAUGAGAUUGUACCAUUGAAUGGACUGACUUGUUUGUGAGAUAUGGUGUGAUGUUACUUCAUGAUCUUAGGACCGCGAUCCCAAUAUAAUGUUGAAUGUUAGUCCACGGACAGGUCAAACUAGUCUGGAUCCAUGUAUGGUGGUAAAGGAGGCUCUCCUAGUUAGUCUGGGGUGAAUUGUAGAGAUAGGCUAUCUGUCUAUCAUCUGUGUAUGUAUGUGUUGGCUGUGAAACAGUUGGGUCAAAGUGGAGGUUUUUCUGAGAGGACAUUUCUUGAAAAAUUCAUUUCUGAAAUCAAGCCAUUUCUGGCUUGAAGGGAGAAAACACGUGGAAGAAAAAGAAACGCGAAACAAUUUAAAUGACAAUAAAUUGAUAUUAACGUGGA